AUGGCUAACCCUCGAGUUUUCUUCGAUAUAGCCAUUGGCGGACGGCCAGCAGGUCGAGUCGAAUUUGAACUGUUCAAGUCUAUUGUUCCCCGUACAGUAGAGAACUUCAGGGCACUUUGCACUGGCGAAAAGGGUGUGGGUGUCUCGGGUAAACCGUUGUGCUACAAGAACUCAACGUUCCACAGGAUAAUUCCUUCCUUCAUGUGCCAAGGAGGAGACUUCACAAGAUUCAAUGGGACAGGAGGAGAAAGCAUUUACGGCCGGACUUUCGCUGAUGAGAACUUCAAGCUGAAGCACACGGAGCCUUUCCUGUUGUCUAUGGCGAACGCCGGCCCGAACACUAACGGGUCCCAAUUUUUCAUUACGACUGUCCCGUGUCCGUGGCUCGAUGGGAAGCAUACGGUUUUUGGCAAGGUCACCAGCGGACAAAACGUGAUAAAGAUGAUGGAGGGUCAAGGAACACAGUCCGGCAGCGUGAAGCAGUCUGUGGUCAUCACUGAUUGCGGGGAAACCAAAUAG